AUGUCGGAAAUAAAAAAGCAUUCCUAUGAUAUCGAAUCUCUGAUCGGCAGAAGAUCGCAGAAUAGAGAGGAAGAAAAUGAAACCUUUGAAAUCAACAGACAAGAUACAGAGGAAAAGCUCACACACAAUGCCAAGUCACAAAUAUGUCCCGUAAGUCUGCCAACUGAUUGUGUCAGACGAUCACAGGGUCUGAAAAUACCUUCGUUCUACAGGACUUAUUUUGACUUCUUAAAUACGAAUAAGGAGCAAACGGAUGCAGCAUUUGGAUUCAACUUAUUUGAUAAAUCAGGUUCCAGCCAGUUUGAGACAAAGAUAAAUGAAGACACGGAUAGAAGAUAUGGAACGGGUUUAGGUCCAUUAGAACAAGAACCACGUGAUUCUGUUCCGGAACGUUCAGUAACAAUACCGUAUGCAGACAACGUUGACGAAGAAGCAAAAUGCCAACGACUGGACGCAUAUAACGAAAAGACAGUGUUGACUUCUAGCAUUUCAAAUGGUAGUAGCUGCGAAGAUGAGAUGGCACCUGAGUUUGAGAGAUGUAGAAAUAAUGGAGAUUUUAACAAAAGAAAACAACGACGAUAUAGAACGACCUUCACUAGCUAUCAGCUUGAAGAACUUGAGAGGGCUUUCCAGAAAACACACUAUCCGGAUGUAUUUACAAGAGAAGAAUUGGCAAUGCGCAUUGAUUUGACAGAGGCAAGAGUACAGGUAUGGUUUCAAAACAGAAGAGCAAAGUGGCGAAAGAAGGAAAAAGUAGGUCCGGCCGGACAUCCAUACAACCAAGGACCGUUCUCAACAACUUUAGGACUGGCAUCGAGGUCGCUUUUGCCGCAACAACACAUGUUUACUGAUCUUUUAUUCAAAGCAUAUGAAGCACAAUUUAUGCAGAAAUAUUCUUUUGACGGCAUUCCGAUUUCGUCGAGAUUUUCUGUUCUCGCAGCAUUGCCUCCCUUUGGCCAAACCAAUAUGGCGGGCUUACUCCCAGGAAGUGACGUUUUGUCACAAAUAAGAAAUCAGCUAAACAUGAAUACGAGUGCAGAUAUUCGGGACAGUAAAAUACAAAAUGGAAAUGAUGACAUUAUGUUAGAUAAAACUGCUUUAAACGGAAUACAUGCUUCAAGUAUAGCUGGACUCAGGCAGAAAGCAAUGCUUUUCGGAUUUCCACACAGUGACAAAUGAAAGAUGUGUUCUU